AUGAGUAUAGGCGUACCCAUCGUCGUCGAGCAGUUAGUUUCAAUCCAAUGGCAAAAUGUGAAGGUAACGACGAAAAAUGGUCGACAGAUAUUGCAAGAUGUCAGCGGGAUUGCUGUUCCCAGAGAAAUGAUUGCCCUCAUGGGUGCUAGUGGAACUGGCAAGACUACUCUACUAAACGCGCUUCUUGAACGGAACCUUGGCGGACUUACCGUUGAAGGCAAAGUGCUGGUGAAUGGACAAAAUAUUGGCAGAGGAGUCACGAGUGUGUCGGCUUAUGUGCAGCAAGAGGAUCUGUUCGUGGGCACCCUAACGGUGCGGGAACAUCUAAUGAUCCAAGCCAAAAUGAAACUACCAUCUUCAUUCACAACGGCAAUGCGCAUUGCAAGAGUUGAAGAGGUCAUGAAAGAUAUGCUACUUGAAGGGACACAGUCUUCUCGUAUCGGUGUGCCAGGUAUCGUUAAGGGGAUAUCAGGGGGCGAAAUGAAGCGGCUCGCAUUUGCGUCGGAGAUGCUCAGCAAUCCACCAAUACUGUUUUGUGAUGAACCCACCAGUGGUUUGGACUCGUACAUGGCCGAGCUUGUUGUUACA